AUGCCUCCCAAGGACAAGUACACUGACCCUGAGCUUCGCGAUGAAGUCAAGGAGGAGAUUCACCAAGGCGACAAGGGCGGUGCACCAGGCCAAUGGUCAGCUCGCAAGGCUCAGAUGAUGGCUUCCGAGUACAAGAAGCGCGGUGGUGGUUACACAACCGACAAGAAAGACCAAGACGAGUCCCAAGAGCACCUCUCCAAAUGGGGUGAAGAGGAAUGGCAAACCAAGGACGGCUCAGCCAACGCCAAAAACGAGGACGGCACACAACAACGCUACCUCCCCAAGAAGGCCUGGGAAAAUAUGAGCGAGCAAGAGAAGAAGGAAACCGACGACAAGAAGCAAGCCGAGAGCAAAGAAGGCAAGCAACACGUCGAAAACACCGACAAGGCCAAGGAGAGCAGAAAGCAAGCCAACGAGGAAGAGGACGAAAGCUACGCAAAGAAGAAGGCCGAGGAGAAGAAGGAAGACGGAGAGGAGGAAGAGGCACAGGCCGGUGACAAGCGCACUCGCUCAUCCCAGUCUGCAUCACCUUCCAAGAAGCAAAAGCAAAAUGACGGUGCCGCAAAGGACACAUCUUCACCCUCAAAAUCAAAGUCCGAUGCAAAGAAGGACGACUCCAAGGACACAAAAUCUCCCAGCAAGGAUCAACAAUCCACCUCCGACUCCAAGUCCAAAGACCCACCAGGCAAACCCGCUUCCACCGACCGCCUGCCAGAGAAGGAUCAAGAAGUCUACUGGAAGACCCUAGGCAACUGGACCAAAGGCACCGUCGUCGAAGUCGCCUACUCCGAAAAAGAGGUGGAUGGCAAGAAAGUCAAGGCAUCAGAGGAAGAUCCCAGAAUCGUGCUGAAGAGUGACUCUUCGGGCAAGAUUGCUGUGCACAAGCCUGAUGCUGUUUACUUUGAGUAA